AUGUUCAACCUUUUUGCCAAUUAUUGGAGAUCACCGCAACCUCAGCGUGUGUCAACCGAUGAAGUUAUUCCCGUGGGAUAUUUUGAUGAUACCAUCAUUUUCAGAAAUUUUGUAUUCUACGCCCUCUUCCACUUUGACAGCAUCCUUGCGCCUGGAUUGCUACAUGAGUCUCUAGGAGAUCUACUAAAUCAGCCGGGCUGGAAUAAGUUGGGAGCCAGAUUGAGAAGAAAUGACCGCGGAGAGCUUGAACACCACAUACCGAAAGCGUUUUCCGCAGAACGCCCAGCCGUCGGAUUUGAACAUGUUGACCUAAGUCAUCUGUCCGCCGAGGAUCAUCCCACUGCAUCCAAAAUACCCCGCCCACCGAGCAGCGGUCAGCCUACUAUUGUCGGUGACCCCAGCCAUCUAUCGGACCUAUACCUCGGCCCUGAUACUCCCAGAGGAUUGAACGACUACCUCUUUACGGAUCGGCCACAGCUUGGACUGCGUAUCGUCUCCUUCAAGAACUCGACAGUCAUAGUCCUUCAUUGGCUGCAUUUGUCGGCUGAUGCCGUAUCUAUCGGGUCUCUUCUCAACGCUUGGUCGCUGAAACUUCAAGGGCGGGAAGAUGAGAUACCAAAGCCACUGACAGGGGUCUAUGCUCUGGAAGAUUUGGGUAAGAAUCCGACCAGGCCACACGUCCUUUCUCAUCAGCACAUGUCCAAGGUCAGUCUAGGCAAGUGGCUCUUCUGGAACUUCUACAAUCUGGUCAUCAGGCCGAAGGAGAAUCGCGUUAUCUGCAUUCCUGCUGAGUACCUCCGGGGGCUCAAGGAAAAGGCCAUGGCUGAGCUUGAGGCGCAGCCAUGUAUCGACGGCAAGGAAAAGGCCAUGGCUGAGCUUGAGGCGCAGCCAUGUAUCGACGGCAAGGAAAAGCCAAAGUUCAUGGCGCUACAGCAGGUUUAUGAGUGGCGACGGGCUUUGAAAGACCUCAUACCCCGCGACAGACCGAUACUAAGCAAUUGCGUCGGCUUUGUUGUAACUCUGAUACCCGCGAAAGAUCUUCUCCAAAAGCCGCUGAGUUAUGUGGCUUUCCAAAUCCGUCGUACGCUCAUUGAGCAAGGCUCACGAGAGCAGAUUGAAGCCUAUACAUCACUAAUCCGGCAGGACCCUGUCAACAAGGCCCCUCCUCUGUUUGGCGACACCUCCAUGAAGCUGUUGAUGUUCACGAACUGGCAAAGGGCUAGACUCUACGAGACCGAUUUCGCAGCGGCAUCUGUCACCAAACUUGAUGGCCCCUUGUUUCCUUCGUAUAUCCAGGCAGUCCCAGGCCCUUAUGAGUUUAAUGAUGGACUCAUUCUUUUUGGCAAGGACUCCGCAGGCAACUACUGGUUUGGAGGACAGAGAGCGCAGGGUCAAUGGGGCAUGAUGGAGCGGAAGAUAGAAGAAGGCAUGAAAGAUGUCUGA